UAUAAACGCACAUGGCUAUCGAGCUGAUGAGAUUUGAAUUCUGUUAAAAAUCUUUAAAUUUGUAUAUAGGAACAAUGAUUUACAAUAUUGAUGAAUAUUGAAGCAAUAUCGCGCAAUAAAUUCUCAAAGGAAAAUGUCUCUUAAGGAACAGAAAUUCAAAUCUACUUGACGUAUCAUUGCAAGGCAAGGUUGUGGACUUGUUGAAUGAUUGUUGCUAGAAUUAUAAGCUUUAUUGUCAUCGUAAUUACUAUACGAUAAGACAUUAUUGCUCUCACUUUUGUAAAAAGGCAAUUAUGGUACGAUACUUGCUUAAAUUUUCGUACAUUGGUACACAAUACAGAGGUUUGCAGAAACAAAUUGGCAACGAUUUUGUACGGGACACAGAUUCUAUUCAAGGUGCUUUGGAAACUGCGUUAUUAACCAUCUCGCCAAAGAGUCUAAUCAGGCCGUUUAUAAUUCUUUCCAGCAGAACAGAUGCUGGAGUUCAUGCUUUAUGCAACACAGGGCAUGUGGAACUUGAAAACAAAUAUGGUCAAAUAUAUGAUACAUCAAGAAUAAAACAAUAUGUUAAUCGUUAUUUUACCAAGUGUGGUCAUAACAUCAGAUUGCUGGAGUGUAUACCUAUUACACAGGAUUUUCACGCAAGAUAUUGUGUGAAAUCUCGAACUUAUAUAUAUAGAUUUAUGAUACCUAAAGUAGAUGAGGAACAUCGGAUACCCCUUGUGGAAGGGAUACAUACUUUUCAUUUGAGAACAUACAAUUUUGAUAUAGAUAGAACGAAACGUGGUACAAAAUUGUUUAUGGGAAUAAAAGACUUUACUACAUUUAGCGCGAAAGAUGAAGGGAAGCGUAAUAUUCGAUAUGUACGUUCCUUACAUUCUUUCACUUUGGAAGAGACACAGCCUUUAAUGCCAUUUGAUCCACUGUCCAAACAUUUUACAUACUGGAAUUUUAUAUGUAGUGCAAGAUCUUUCUUAUAUAAUCAAAUCAGACGUAUGGUUGGCGCUUUAUUUGCAUUAGGAUUAGGAAAAAUAACAGAGAAAGAUAUCAUUGUAAUGUUACAAGUUCCUUCUCAUUAUAACUGGAAUCCUCAUGCUACAUGUGCACCACCACAUGGCUUACAUCUAUUGAAUGUAGAAUAUGAUCCAGAUCAAUUAAGACAUUGUACUAUAUUAAAAGAACAAAAAGAAAAACUGCAGUUGAAAGAAUAAAAAAAAAAUAAUUGUUUCAGACACUAUUAGAAU